UAGUGACCUAAACGGUAGCCUUCAAGUUAUUUCCUUUCAACUUAAAUAGCCAAAAACUUACCACUUCCACACGGAUAGGGAGGAUAACUAUUAACAGUUAUUUAACCUUUAACAUGAACAUUAAUCAAACGUAUUAAUUUUUUCUGGGUACAUGAUACUAACAUUAAACUUUCAUAUCAAGGCGGGGGCCUCAAACUCGUGUCCUGCGGGCCACAUUUGGCCCACGGGCCGCGUGUUUGAGACCCCUGAUAUAAAUUCUAUUGCAGUUUUUCUGAUGCCUUGGCUCAAUAAAGGUCGGAAAACACUGCUCUAGAAUACACAAGAACAUCCUGCUUACAAACGUGCGGUUAGAAUCUUGCUCUUUUGUUAACCUAACCCAAAGCCCAAACGUCACACUCCGCCCACUCAUGGUCACUUCCCUCCUUGUGCAACGUGCUUGUGAAACAUACUGGACCUCAAAACAGAUGCCGGGGUGGACGUUCGCGGAGAAUGAGGUGUUUGUGAGGCCACGCUGUAACCGAAUCCGCCCGCCAAAUGGCUUCUGCAGCCCAGCUGGCUGAUGGCUCUUAUGACAACAUUAACUCUGCUAAUGAGAAUAAGCUGUGACGGGGGAGUAUGAUUUAUGUGAGGAGGUGCAGAGUCAUUCCCAAGGCAUUACUUGGGAAUACUGCUCUUUGGCUCUACAGGGUUAUGAAUCAUACCCGGGCAUUCAUUCCAAUCCAAUAAUUACGGUCUCAAGUAAAUGUCUAAGUCAAGUCUCAAGUAUAUAUCCAAGACAAGUCUCAAGUACGUAUAUAUCCAAGACAAGUCUCAAGUAAAUGUCCAAGCCAAGUCUCAAGUAUAUGUCCAAGUCACAUCUCAAAUAUACGUAUGUCCAAGUCAAGUCUCAAGUAAAUGUCCAAGUCAAGUCUCAAGUAUAUGUCCAAGUCAAGUCUCAAGUAUAUGUCCAAGACAAGUCUCAAGUAUAUGUCCAAGUCAAGUCUCAAGUAUAUGUCGAAGCCAAGUCUCAAGUAUAUGUCCAAGUCACAUCUCAAAUAUACGAAUGUCCAAGUCAAGUCUCAAAUAAAUGUCCAAGUCAAGUCUCAAGUGUAUGUCCAAGUCAAGUCUCAAGUAAACGUCCAAGUCAAGUCUCAAGUAUAUAUCCAAGACAAGUCUCAAGUAUAUGUCCAAGUCAAGUCUCAAGUAAACAUCCAAGUCAAGUCUCAAGUAUAUAUCCAAGACAAGUCUCAAGUAUAUGUCCAAGUCAAGUCUCAAGUAUAUGUCGAAGCCAAGUCUCAAGUAUAUGUCCAAGUCACAUCUCAAAUAUACGUAUGUCCAAGUCAAGUCUCAAGUAUAUAUCCAAGACAAGUCUCAAGUAUAUGUCCAAGACAAGUCUCAAGUAAAUGUCCAAGUCAAGUCUCAAGUGUAUGUCCAAGUAAAGUCUCAAGUAUAUGUCCAAGUCAAGUCUCAAGUGUAUGUCCAAGUAAAGUCUCAAGUAUAUGCCCAAGUCACAUCUCAAGUACAUGUCAAAGACAAGUCUCAAGUAUACGUCCAAGACAAGUCUCAAGUAUAUGUCCAAGUCAAGUCUCAAGUAAAUGUCCAAGAAAAGUCUCAAGUAUAUGUCCAAGUCAAGUCUCAAGUAGACGUCCAAGUCACAUAUCAAGUACAUGUCCAAGACAAAUCUCAAGUAUACGUCCAAGACAAGUCUCAAGUAUAUGUCCAAGUCAAGUCUCAAGUAAACGUCCAAGACAAGUCUCAAGUAAAUGUCCAAGUCAAGUCUCAAGUAUAUAUCCAAGUCAAGUCUCAAGUAUAUGUCCAAGACAAGUCUCAAGUAUACGUCCAAGACAAGUCUCAAGUAUAUGGCCAAGUCAAGUCUCAAGUAUAUGGCCAAGUCAAGUCUCAAGUAAAUGUCCAAGUCAAGUCGACAAGUCUCAAGUAAAUGUCCAAGACAAGUCUCAAGUGUAUGCCCAAGUAAAGUCUCAAGUAUAUGUCCAAGUCAAGUCUCAAGUAUAUGUCCAAAUCAAGUCUCAAGUAUAUAUCCAAGUCAAGUCACGAGAGUCGAAUCUGGAACCAAUUAUCCACAAUAAACGAGGGACGACUGUAAUGACUUCAUCACUACCACUUACAAAGCUCAUUUUACAGGUAAGCUUCAAGUCUCAAGUCAUGACAAGAGUCGAGUCUGGAACCAAUUAUCCACAAUAAACGAGGGACGACUGUAAUGACUUCAUCACUACCACUUACUAAGCUCAUUUUACAGCGAGUCAGCUCGUUAUGGAGAGUAAUCGCCUCCUGCAGUGUCAUCAUCAGCUGACAGCCUCGUCGCCAUUGAUUGCGAGUCUGACUCCGGCAAGCCCCCGAGCCGAGUGGCACGUUCUCUUCCAGCCAAGCAGCCGGCAGCGUGACCACCCGGCUGAUGUCCCGCCACACGCGACUACCAAGAAGUGUGAAUGAGAUGGAAGCAGGAAGGCCAGUGUGUGAUCAGAUGGGACCAUAAGAUGCUCAGCAGGCCUCCGCCUCUGAAAAACCAAUGAAAUGAUUACGCUUUUGUUCGACACGCUUGUGUAUUUUAUCAAGGGGCUGUUGCCGUGUCGACGUGGCUGACUCACAAGUACCAAAGUGAUUUUUCAGUACUACGAUGCAAAAGGUCGGUAGUAACAUAAAAACUAAAAUAUAAACUGAAAAUAAACUGAAAAAGUUGAUCCUGGAGUCGAACACCAAGUGGUUUUUCCGUCAUCGACUGUUCCUACUAAGCAAAAAUGGCUAGUAGGGACAGCUGUUUGCAUUUGAUCAAAGCUACUUAAAUUUGUCAGACCAAAAAAAGGUAGAUUAUCGCACUUGCCCUUAAUCACCGAGCAAAAAUUACAGAAAAAUAUAAAAUAAUUACAAAAAAAUUACAGAAAUAAAAGUACAGAUUACAAAUUAGAGAAAAAUAUAAAUAAAAAAUAAUAAUAAUAAUUACAAAACAGGUACAUUAUCGCACUUGUCUGCACCCUUAAUCACCAAGCAAAAAUUACAGAAAAAUAUAAAAUAACUACAAGAAAAUUAAGAAAUAAAAGUAUAGAUUACAAAUUACAGAAAAAUAAAAAAAAAUAAAAAUAAUAAUAAUUACAAAACAGGUACAUUAUCGCACUUGUCUGCACCCUUAAUCACCGAGCAAAAAUUACAGAAAAAUAUAAAAUAAUUACAAAAAAAUACAGAUAUAAAAGUACAGAUUACAAAUUACAGAAAAAUAUAAAUAAAUAAUAAUAAUAAUAAUAAUAAUUACAAAAGAGGUACAUUAUCGCACUUGUCUGCACCCUUAAUCACCGAGCAAAAUUGCAGAAAAAUAUAAAAUAAUUACAAAAAAAUACAGAAAUAAAAGUACAGAUUACAAAUUACAGAAAAAUAUAAAUAAAAAAUAAUAGUAAUAAUUACAAAACAGGUACAUUAUCGCACUUGUCUGCACCCUUAAUCACCGAGCAAAAAUUACAGAAAAAUAUAAAAUUGCAAAAAAAAUGCAGAAAUAAAAGUACAGAUUACAAAUUACAGAAAAAUAUAAAAAUAAUAAUAAUAAUUACAAAACAGGUACAUUAUCGCACUUGUCUGCACCCUUAAUCACCGAGCAAAAAUUACAGAAAAAUAUAAAAUAAUUAAAAAAAUUUCAGAAAUAAAAGUAUAGAUUACAAAUUACAGAAAAAUUAAAAAAAUAAAAAUAAUAAUAAUUACAAAACAGGUACAUUAUCGCACUUGUCUGCACCCUUAAUCACCGAGCAAAAAUUACAGAAAAAUAUAAAAUUAAUUACAAAAAAAUACAGAAAUAAAAGUAUAGAUUACAAAUUACAAAAAAAUCUAAAUAAAAAAUAAUAUUAACAAUUAAAAAACAGGUACAUUAUCGCACUUUCUGCACCCUUAAUCACCGAGCAAAAAUUACAGAAAAAUGUAAAAUUAAUUACAAAAAAAUACAGAAAUAAAAGUACAGAUUACAAAAAUAUAUAAAUGAAAAAUAAUACUAAUAAUUACAAAACAGGUGCAUUAUCACACCUGUCUGCACCCUUAAUCACCGAGCAAAAAUUACAGAAAAAUAUAAAAUAAUUACAAAAAAAUACAGAAAUAAAAGUACAGAUUACAGAAAAAUAUUUAAAAAAAAUAAUAAUAAUUACAAUAAAAAUACUGAAAUAAAAGUAGAGCAAAAAAUACAGGGUCAGACAAAAUGAUCUGACACAUUUGUAGGUUAAAUAAAAGGCAAAUAAAGUAAAGUAACAAAAAAGUGUUUUUAUUUAGGAAAAGUACAUAUAAUGUAAUUCUGUUUCAUUAUGUUUUAAAAAUUAAAUCAGUUCUAGCGUUGCGAGGUUGGCGUUUCAAUUUUGGUUUCAAUGCAAAAACCCAGAAAUGGGUAUUGAUUUUUUCUGACCGUCGACCACAAAAGUAAUUAAGUUGCAUCCAUAACGUAUUUUCCACUCCUCGGCAGUUACCAAUGCGGUUGCGACUUAAAUCAUUGCAUGCACGGUUUCCAAAGUUUCCAAAUAAAUAUCUCCGACGACUGUAGCCGAAUCCAGAAGAUUAAGAAAGGUAAAGUCAAUUAUGCAGGAAAUAUGCUCACCGUCUGUUCUUUUCACAAGUCAAUGAUUCAAGCCGUUUAAAUGCGACACGCACUCAACCGCAGUGCCACUCGUGCCACUAGAGAGAUCCUUAAAAUGUGGCUCUCUCGACGACAGCCGCCAAUCUGCAUCAUUUUCUUUCAUAAAUUGCCUUUUAUAUCACAGCCUUUUGUGCUCUGGUUUGGUAAACAAAUCAAAAGGUGCCGCUGGGUUGUUUCGUCUCAUCGAAUGAGCACAGUGGCUUGACAUUUUUUACCUUGUUUAUUGUCUGUUAUAAACAAAGAUAACAAGUUUUGAUUCAGGCAGGGCUCUACGUUAAAAACAAAAAUGACUUGCCCAUGGGGAAUCCUUAAGGUGAGAACUACUUGCCCGAACUUGCCCCAUGUAAAAUGAAAAGACUGCCAUAAUGAUAUCAUAUAUCAAUAUAUGCUGAUAAUUAAUCAAAUAGUACUGAUGCACUGUAUUUGGAGGAAUGUCUGAAAAUUUGUGGAGAUGUAUGUUAACAUGGCAAGCCAUGCUACCUUACACAUCGUAGUCGUAUCGUAGUAAGCAGUGAUAUUUAUAAGUUGUGCACCACAAUGAAACAUUUGACACAUUUGUGUACUAGUAAAGUGUUUUUAAUCCAGAAAAAAAAUGCUCAAUGGUCAAACAAUAAUUUUUUGACGCAAAGGUGAGAAAAAUACACAGAGAAAUUGAACCGCUAGAUUUUGUAGCUUGUGCAAAAUCAGCACUUGGUAUUGGAUCUAAUGGGUGGUGUUUCAUUGUGACCGCUUCAAAUUGUCACAGCAAUGUGAUUCACUCACCUGUGCCAUCAUUUGAUUUGCUAACCGCUAAUAAAAUACUUGUUUAGGAGGCACUGCUUCAUCACUUUUUGGUGUUUUCCUUCAGAAGUUGUUGAAGAAUUAGACGAUGUUGGCAGUCGCCAUGACAGAUGUUUUCCUAGUAAAACCAUCGCUGAUUGGUUGAUCGCGAACAAGAACGGGUGUGGGUAAAACGCGGAUUGUGGAUUACGGACCGCGGUCUAAAUAAACGAUUCUGAUUGGUCCAUUUCAAGAUUUGCAAGGAUUGGUUUGCAAAUUACCAUCGGAAUUACGCAGUCCGAGUUUUUUACCAACACCCAACAAGAACCGCUUAAAAAAAAAAAAACUCUUGGCAGUACGGCAUGCUAAAGUGCACUUGCCCGACGGGAAUAUUAAUGAUUGGAUUUACUUGCCCCAAUUUUGUUUUAACUUGCCCCGGGCCAUCGGUACAUCGUUAUUGUCGAGCCCUGGAUUCAGGCAUUUUAGGAAAAAAAAAAAAAAAAAAAAAUGAAAUAAAGUUAGUGAUAGUCAGUGGCAGGUUUGAACCUGCCAGAAACAGUAACACCUGAUCUUCACGCUGUCCGUGCGUGUGAAGUGUCUUUCAGAGAUAUCACACGGUGUUAGCUUUAUCUGCUUAGCACAGCAUGCGCGUAUUCGCUUGAAUAAUACUGCAGCGCCAUGAUGUACUGUAGAUGCAGAAUGCAAAACAUAAAUCAUGUCUGAUACGGUUUGGUUUUCGUAUUUGACGUAGUUUUCAAUGACGAUUUUGACCAAAAUUGUAACGCAGUUUUUGAAUAUCUCGGUUUUCGUACGGUCAAACUGGUCCGUCUGCUCGCACUUCAUUUUGAAUAUCGGCCCGGUCAGAUUCCAUGUCUUUUUUGCCUUAUUUUUUGUUUUAUUUUUUUUUUUCAGAGUCUUAAAUAACCCACCAUGGGGCCAAACACUCACAUUCAUACCUAUGGACAAUUUGGAGUCGCUAAUUAACCUAGCAUGUUUUUGGAAUGUGGGAGGAAACCGGAGUACCCGGAGAAAACCCACGCAUGCACGGGGAGAACAUGCAAACUCCACACAGAGAUGGCUGAGAAUGGAAUUGAACUCGGGUCUCCGAGCUGUGUGACCUGUGUGCUAACCACCCGGCCUCUGUGCAGCCCUGGUUCAGUAUAUUUUUCAUCAAAAUAGUAGUCAUGCCAAAAUGUUGUGUUGCUGCUGGAUGUUCACAGUAUCCAAGUGAUACUGUGGUGGGGGUGCUGGAGCCUAUCCCAGCUGUCUUCGGGCGAGAGAGGCGGGGUUCACCCUGGACUGGUGGCCAGCCAACCAAUCACAGGGCACAUAUAGACAAACAACCAUUCACACUCACAUUCAUACCUAUGGACAAUUUGGAGUCGCUAAUUAACCUAGCAUGUUUUUGGAAUGUGGGAGGAAACCGGAGUACCCGGAGAAAACCCACGUUUAAUAGCUUUAUAUAUUUAAUGGCUUUUAUUGAGGUCUUCCUACAUUUUUAAAAAUGUUUUUUUUUUAAUUUUCCAAAUAUUUCAACUUUCUUCAAAAAUGUCUUUUAGUAAUAUUAUGAUUUUAUUCACAUAUUUGAACUUUUUCUCCCACCAAAUUUUCAAAAAAUUACAAAUCUAUUUCAUAAUUUUACAACUUUGAAGAAUAUUCUUUAAUAUUUCCAGUCAUUGCUUCUAAAAUGACAUUUUUUUCAUUAAAAAAUUAAAUUAUUUUUUAUAAUAUUAUAUUCAUAUAGUUUAUUAUCGUCAAAUUGCCAAUUUUUUUCCCUCAAUAUUUUGACUUUAUUCUUGCAAAAUUACAGCUGACAGAAAACCCACGCAUGCACGGGGGAGAACGUGCAAACUCCACACAGAGGGUGGAAUUGAACUCGGGUCUCCUAGCUGUGAGGUAUGCGCGCUAACCACUCAAUUCACCGUGCAGCCCUUUUGUAAAAACACUUCCCCGAAAAGUGAAAUCUGUUAUAGCUUUAUUUAUAGCGUUCCAAUACUUUUGUACAAAUAUUCACCAAUACAAAGAUGGUGAGAUUAGAUUAAUUUAUUGAGUAGGAAUUUAACAACAUGGCACUAUGCCUUGAAAAUAACUCACACACACACACACACACACACAGGCACAGUGUGUACCAGCAUGAUGUAAUCAGAGAUGAGAGCAUUUCAUUACGACGUGCUGAUAUUGUAAAUAUGCAUGGGAGCAAUCAAACACUGCUGCUAUUUCCCUAAUUGAGAAAGUGAAUAAUAAUAACAAUAAUAAUCGCUGGCAAUGGUGGGAAAACGGCAGCAUGAUGACCGUCCCACUGUGAGUCUGAUUUAUGAACAUGUAUCACAGCAGG